UCACAUCUCUCUGUCUGGCUCUGCAAGGACUCACACAGAAGCAACAGAAGACCUGGGGGAAGUCAGCCGGGGAGGGGCGCUUUGUGAGAAAGGAAUAUUACUCUCUACACCGCUGGCUCUGGAAUAAACACGCUUUUUCUUCGCCGUCUUACCGUGCAUCAGCAUAGCCCGGGUCCGCUCGGACCGGGACAUCCAGUUUCUAUCGGGAAAUAAAGAGGGUGCGUGUUUUUGUAGCUCCUUGCACUAUUUUUCUUUCCCCCCUCAGCCGCACUGAUUUAUUUGCAGCAGUUGUCUUUGAAAACUGGGUCCGGUGCAUCUCCCCUCCUCCUCCCCUCUCCUUUCUUUCUCCCCCGAUCACUCCUUUACCCUCCUUCCUUUUGCCUUUUAUUCGAUCCCACAACGCUGCAAAGUCGCAAAGAUGCCCAGCUCUCUCUUCGCUGACUGCAGCGUCCAGGGAGAUGCACUCGACGACCAGAGAGCCCUGCAGAUCGCUCUGGAUCAGCUCUCCCUGCUCGGCUUGGACAACGAUGAGAACCCUCUGUACGACAACAACCAGGAGCCCCGGAAAAAGAGCGUCAACAUGACCGAAUGCGUCCCGGUUCCCAGCUCCGAGCAUGUGGCCGAGAUUGUGGGCAGACAGGGUUGCAAGAUCAAAGCACUGCGAGCGAAGACCAACACCUAUAUAAAGACCCCAGUUCGAGGUGAGGAGCCUGUUUUUGUGGUGACAGGCAGGAGGGAGGAUGUGGCUAUGGCCAGGAGGGAAAUCAUCUCUGCUGCCGAGCACUUCUCCAUGAUCCGAGCCUCCAGAAACAAAAACACCAGCCUGAACGGGAGCGGCACCCCAGUGCUUGGACCACCUAACCUGCCCGGACAGACCACCAUCCAGGUUCGGGUGCCUUACCGUGUUGUGGGGCUGGUUGUGGGCCCCAAGGGUGCCACCAUCAAGCGCAUUCAGCAGCAGACCCACACCUACAUUGUUACACCCAGCCGAGACAAGGAGCCAGUGUUCGAGGUGACGGGGAUGCCGGAGAAUGUGGACCGAGCACGUGAAGAGAUCGAAGCCCACAUUGCCAUGAGGACAGGAGGCCUUAUUGAACUCCAGGAUGAAAAUGACUUCCAUGCAAAUGGGACUGAUGUGGGUUUUGAUCUGCACGGGCACGCCACCCUAUGGUCCAAGCCCAGUGCCGGGAUGACCUCCACCUCAGUACGUAAACCCUUCUCCAACUACCGCAAUGACUCGUCCUCCUCCCUGGGCAGUGCCUCCACAGACUCCUACUUUGGUAACAACAGCAUGGCUGACUACAGCCCUCCCAGCCCCGCACUCAGCUACACCACCACUAACAACAAUGGCAACAACAAUAACAACAACAUCAAUGUCAACACCAGUAGCAACGGGGUUGUUUAUGGACGUGAGGUGAUUUCGCCUGACUGCGCUGAUCUGACUUUUGACUCCUCAUCAGGGUUUGAUCCCACAUCUGCCCCACCAGGCCUCUUAUGGUCCCAGUACAACAGUCGCAUGACCCCCUCCUCCACCGGUGGCAACUCCCCCACCUCCACCUCAGCCAUGUUCCCCAACAACACCUCCACUAAUGCCAAUGUGAUAGUGGUGAGUCAGAGAAAGGUUAACAGUUGUACCCCACAUCCCCGACUGUCGCCUCCCCUCCACAGCCACACUGGAGGCCACAGUGAGCACCCGUUAGCCCGGAGGGUGCGCAGUGACCCAGACGGAGGCCCGCUCAGUUUCCCUGGUUACUCCAGCACUAUCGCCUCCCUGCCAGGCCCUCACCUCCCUGGUGUUCCAUGCGACUCCUCCGCCUCGUCGUCCUCCUCCUCUUCUUCUUCCUCCACCUCCUCCGGCACCAGUCGAAAAGGCAGCCGCGACUGUUCGGUGUGCUUCGAGAGUGAGGUCAUCGCGGCCCUGGUCCCUUGUGGGCACAACCUCUUCUGUAUGGAAUGUGCCAAUCGUAUCUGUGAGAGGAGUGAGCCCAAAUGCCCUGUCUGCCACACCGGCGUCACUCAGGCUAUACGUAUUUUUUCAUAAGACGUGUAACUCUUUGACUGUCUCGCCAGUGAGACUGUCUACAAUAGCAACAACUGAGUCUUCAUACUGCUUUAAUGGGAUCACCCAAUCAUCAGUUUGGAAAGUGUACAUAGAUAUACAUAUGUGUGUAAGAGGCUGCAGUAUCCAGAAGAAGGGACAGACACCCUUUUUGGGAUCCGUCGUAGUUGUUUAUAAUAUAGUAUAGAUUGGGGAAAUAUUUU